UGAAAUCUGCGAAACCUCCCAUCCCCAUUUUUUAACACUUGAGAGUUUCCUAAGAACUAUCACCAAAAAUCUGAGGUAUAGGGUUCCAAUGACAAGAAUAAUUCUCCAUUUCGCAAUUCGGGUAGGUGUCUUAUCGCUCGAACCGAUGCAAAACAAUUCCAGGAAAUCCUUGAAACCUUCGUAUAAAAGGCCCUUCUAUGAUGCGCAGCGAUCAUUGUUUGUCGAACCUUCAAGUGCAUUAUUGCUAUUAACGAGAUGGAUUCUACAAAGUGUAAAAAGUUGAUUGAGAUUAUGGAAGGAGCGUACAAACUUCUGAAGAAGGGUUCAUCGACGGCAGAAAUUGAAAAAUGGACGAAUUUUGGAACUUAAAAUAUCAGACUUUUGAACAAAAUUCUGAGAAACGUUACUCUUACGAUCGGAGAGAAAACUAAAAUUUUAACAACGAUCGGAAUCCUCAAAUCUCUGAACGAAAAAUUUAAACAACAACUUCGAAAAAGAGGUGGAGGAACGAUGAGGGAGAGAAGAAGUGACAGAGUGCGUUGGGAUGACUUGGAAUCUGCCUUUAAAGGAAGAAUAGGGACUGGAGUCAUUGCAAACUUGCGACACAAGGACUUGGGUCGUAUCUUGGAAGAUUCCAGAAAAUUGUUUACUGCGAAAAUAAAAAACGCACUUCGACAGGACGGAAUUUUGAGAGUGAACGUCGUUUUGUCUUGUAAAUUCGAGACCAUGAAAGCUGACGAGAUUGUCGAAGAACUAAAGUUCUUCAGCACUAAGGACGAAGUUGUUCUACCAUCCACCGAUAUCAGCGACUGGUUCAACAGAAAUGUGAAGGAAAAGUUACUAGCCAAGGUUGAAGACUUUCAAGAAAGGGAAUCUGGUUGGUCAUUGGUAGAAAUUAUAAACUUGGCGGUAAACAUCAACAGAUACAUUCCGAUACACGGUGGCCUAUUUACUUUCAUCGAAUUAUCGAAGGAGGUGCAAAGUAAGAAAGCAGUCGUAAACAUUAGAAACAAAGAUCCGUACUGUUUCCUCUGGUCCGUCACCGCAGCUCUUCAUCCAGUUAAAAAUAAUGUAAGCGUUAUCGGUUCGUACCCCCACUUCAGCUCAGUGCUAAGGUAUGAAGGUUUAAAUUUUCCCAUUGGCUUAAAGGACAUUUCGAAAUUCGAGAAGAUGAAUGAUUUAGUAAUUAACGUUUACGGUAUAGAGUAUGAUAGUGGUCAUGAGAUAGUACCAAUUUAUCUAAGUCAGCAAAAGUCAAACAAGGAAGCGAUUCAUUUACUCAUGUUAGAAACAAAAAUUUAUUCGAAUGGAGAUGACGUGGACAUGGAAGACGGUAGUGCUUAUCACUUUGCUUGGAUUCGAAAUCUAUCUCGUUUACUGAGUUCACAAAUUUCAAAACAUCAUGGUUUUACCAGACUGUGUGAUCGAUGUCUAUGUCACUUUACAACAGUAAACUCUUUCGAAAGACAUAGACACGAUUGUACAAAUAUAAAUAAAUGUAGAGUCGUAUUACCGGAUGAAAAAGAUAAAAUUAUGAAAUUUAAAAAUUAUAAGUAUAAAGAACCUGUUCCGUUUGCCGUUUAUGCGGACAUCGAGUGUAUGUUAGAGCCAAUUGCGGAUAAGUCUAAUUCGUUAAACACAACUCUCUAUCAAAGACACGUUCCACACA